AAGAGGGCGGAGACUGGGAACAGGCGAGCACCUGUGAGCUCCCAUUCCAGCAGGAUGCAAAACCUCACAGUUGAAACCUGUCCUUGCUGUUCUGUGGCACGCAGGCUUCUGGAGUCAUGGCGAGCGGUGCUCUGGAGAUUGUGGGAAUGUGCGUGACACUGGUCGGGCUCAUCGGGGCGGCGGCCAGCACCGGGAUGCCAAUGUGGCGGGUGACGGCGUUCAUCGGGGAGAACAUUAUCGUGAUGGAGACCCGCUACGAGGGCUUGUGGAUGAACUGCUUCCGUCAGGCCAACAUUCGGAUGCAGUGUAAGGUGUAUGACUCCCUGCUGGCGCUGUCCCCGGACCUCCAGGCCGCACGGGGGCUCAUGUGUUGCUCCGUGGCACUGACCGGUCUGGGUUUACUGAUCGCAAUUGUCGGGAUGAGGUGCACGGCGUGCAUUCAAGAUAACGACCGUGCCAAACGUAUGAUUUUGAUCAUCUCCGGUUGCAUGAUCCUAAUGGGCUGCUUCUGCUGCCUCAUUCCCGUCUCCUGGACCGCACAUGCCAUCAUCCAGGAUUUCUACAACCCCUUACUCAUCGACGCCCAGCGCAGGGAACUCGGGGAGGCGUUGUACAUCGGUUGGGUGUCAUCAGCCUUCCUGUUCGCCGGAGGUUGCAUAUUCACCUGCUGCAGCGGACCCCUGGACAAGGGCCCAGACCCAAGGUACAUGUACUCCAGGAAUGCACCCUAUGUGGCCUAUCAGCCGCAACCGGUGACCUUCCACCCGCAAGCGCGGUCGGAAUACAGCCAUCCGUCCGGACCACCAUCAUUCAUUCAGACGUCGUACCAACCGUCCAGACAGCAGUCAUUCGUUCAGCCCUCCAGACAGCAGUCAUUCGUUCAGCCCUCCAGACAGCAGUCAUUCGUUCAGCCCUCCAGGCAGCAGCCGUUCAUACACCCGUCCCGACACCCGUCCGCCCGCAGCGCCGUGGCUUAUCUCUGAAAUCCACAGGCUUGUGUAUUUGAGUUUCUGUCUGUUUGUGUGUGUUAGAGAGAGAUGGAAAGAAUGGACAUCUAAACAAAGGUUUUUAAAAAAGAAAAAAAGAAUAAAAGUGUGACAUUUAAAUGGUUUUAAAUGUAACAAAGUUAGUGGUACAUUUCAUUUUUUCCAGAUUCAUUCUUGGGAAUGAUAGAAUUUAAAUACUGUUUCUUCUGUGGCUUUUUAAAUAUAUAAGAACAGAUGAGUGACAGGAAGGACAGACUUCAAAUCAAAUAUAUAUGAACUUUUGAAAAAACUAACAUUUAAAUAGUUUUAAAUGUAAAAAAGUUGCUUGUACAUUUCAUUUUUUUUCCACCCCAUUUCAUUCUUUGCUGUUUUUGCUUACAUUUGAAUGUCAAUUCUACUUGUUGAAUGUCAAUUCUGCUUCUUGUUUUUUAAACUAUGUAAGUAGGAGGACUUUGAGAACUGUGACUUGAGAUAAAGAUGAAGAAUUGUUUUUAGUUUUUUAUUGUUUCAUAUGAUUGUUCAUACCUCAGGGCAUUGUAAAGCGUGUCACUUGAGCUAUUACUACAAAGCUGUCUAAAACAGAAACAAGGAAAAAGUGUUUAAUAUUCAUAUAUUUUUGUAAAUAUCAAAGCACAAAUCAGUGAUUUUAAUCAAUAAACAAGUUAAAUCUUUUA